AUCAGAGUUUACCUGUCAAAACAUCAGUAAAAAUUGAUAAAAAGUUAUUGAAAUUGUACACAAUUUGCUAUUGUUUACUUUGUUUUAAUUACAAUAAUGGGUCUAUUUGGCAAAUCUUCUGAGAGGAACCCAAAAGAGAUGGUCAAUGAAUGGUCACACAAACUACGAAAAGAAGGGUACAAUUUGGAUAGACAAAUACGAGGUAUACAAAGAGAAGAAGAAAAAAUCAAACGAUCUCUAAAGGAGGCAGCAGCAAAGAGUGACAAACAAGUCUGUACAAUAUUAGCUAAAGAAAUUAUAAGAUCUCGAAAAGCAAUCAGCAAAAUAUAUACAAGUAAAGCACACCUGAACUCUGUACAGAUGCAGAUGAAAAAUCAAUUAGCAACAUUGAGAGUGGCAGGAUCCUUACAAAAGUCAACAGAGGUGAUGCAAGCCAUGCAGGCAUUAGUACGUUUACCUGAGGUUGCUCACACUAUGCAAGAGUUGAGUAAGGAGAUGAUGAAAGCAGGCAUCAUUGAAGAAAUGCUUGAUGAAACCAUGUCAGGAAUGGAGGAUGAAGAGGAAAUGGAAGAAGCGGCCCAAAGUGAAGUUGAUAAGGUGUUGUGGGAACUGACGCAAGGUAAGCUGGGCGAAGCGCCGGCGCCGCCCACCGCCGUGGGGGCUCCGUCCACGUCGCGGGAGGCCGAAGCCCCCGAGCCCGACGAGAACGAGCUCGAUGAGAUGCGGACCCGGCUGCAAGGGCUGCGCUCUUAAGCUGAAGCAGCCAGCUUACGUACAAAGUCGCUAAGGCCUUAUAAACAUAUAUUGUACAUAUUAAUUAACUUUUAAAUAAGUUCGCGCUACUAAAGGAGGG